ACUCUACGAUGGAUUCGAGAUUUGUGCUUGCGUUGAGUCUCCUCUGUAGUCUGCAGGUUUGCUGUCAGACUUUCCCUCGUCUUUCGUUUGGGAAUGAUGAUGCUAUACCCAACCAUGGCUAUGUAGACCUCGGAAUGAUUGGAACCAGUUAUAGCAACAGUACUCAGUGUCGCACUGAUCUGGAGACAUGUUGCACUCAAGAUGAUUCUCAUCGUGGAAAUUGGUAUUUUCCUAAUGGUGACCCUAUGAUGAAUAGUGGUGGAUCUGGUAUGUUUUAUGAGUCUUGGAAAAGAAAGAGAGUGGACCUUCGUUGCAAUGAUUGUUCCACUUCUCCAACUGGUAUAUAUCAUUGUGAUAUUCCGACUAGAGCUGUCCAUAAUGAUACAGACAUCUCAGUGAGAGCCACAGUCUAUGUGGGACUGUAUACUAGUGAAGGGGGGAGCAUCUCAGUAUCUGGUGGAGUGACAUUUGACCCAGUCCAGCUGACCCUCACCUGUAUCUCCACUGGUGGACCUGCUACCACUGUCACUUGGACCAGAGACUCCACCACUGUCACCCAAGGAACCCAGACUGUGUUGAAUGACCCAGUGACUGCACAGUACACCCACACUAUGACUGUGACUGAUGUUGGAGCAUACACAUGUACUGUGUCUAAUGCCAAGCCGUCAUCUGCAUCAGCUAGCAUCACAUUAGUUUUAUCUGCUCUAGUUCUGCAUACAUCCCCAACAGUCACAUCCACUAUUAUCACUAUCACUGGUAGUGUUCCAGAUGGCUCAGUGGUGACGGGCUUUGUGGUCCAGUGGCAGAGAGACACCUCAGUUGGUUGUUCCGAUCAGAAUCAGCAAAGUAUUACUGUGAGUCAAGGUUUUAGUGGUUCAUUCGGAAUAACUGGACUAGAGCCAGGGAAUAGGUACACCAUUACUGUGAGAGUCUUCAAUGCAGCUGGCAGUGCUCCAGUCAGUAAUGCUGUAACUGCAAAAACUAUGCAGACAAAUCCUACCCGAGGUCUCAGCUCAGUCAGACACGGUACAGUCACAGUCAGUAGUAUAACUGUCCGUUGGGGAGAGGUGCCUUGUCUUGACCGUAAUGGAGAGAUAACUGGUUACAUAGCACAGGCUGUGCGAAAUGGAAUAGUAGAAGGAACUGCUAGUGUUGGUGGUGAUGCUAGACAGGCUACAAUCUCCGGAUUGUCUUCAUCAACCUCAUACACUGUCCAAGUGGCAGCAGUGAAUGGUGCUGGUACUGGUCCAUACAGUGGUGUAUAUGUCAGGACUAGUGACAGACUUAGUACACGAGUUUUCUCCACAACCAAUACAUCUCUGACCGUAUCAUGGACACUGGAGAGGACUUCAACAGCUACUAGCUACACCAUCUCCUACUCCAACACUAACACUGGCUGUUUCACUGACUCCAGAAGUGAUAUAACUACUAGUGGUACAUCAUAUACACUCACUGGCCUGGGGGAGGGAACUGAAUAUUCUAUCAUGCUCAUUGUCACUCUGACUGGAGGAAGGACUGAACAAGAUACUGUCACAGCCACAACAAGAACUGCUGUUCCAUCUGCCCCUCCCUCUUCUGUGAGGUUGUCAGUGGUCAGUUCUUCUAGUAUCAGCGUCAGAUGGGGGCCAAUGGACUGCAGGAAUCAGAAUGGAGAGGUAACAGGCUAUCGGGUGAGGUAUGGGGAGAAAGGAGGUAACCAGACACUCUGGUUUCCCUCUGGAGACUCCAGUGGAGGAAUGAUCACACUCAGUGGACUGACUAAACAGACAGUCUACACAGUUGAAAUGGCAGCAAGGACCAGUGCUGGUACUGGAGUCUACAGCCAACAACAGAAUAUUGAGACUCCUGAUAAUGUCUUCCUCAUUCUGAAUGGAACAGUCAUCCCUAAAAAUGGCUAUGUGGAUAUCAAUGAUAUUGGCUUCAGUGACAACACUGCUCUAUUCUGUAUCACUAACCGUCCUGGUACACCUACUUCAGGAGACUGGUAUGGACCAGAUGGGACUAGAAUAAAUCUAAUGGAUGUUCAAGGAGUUACCAGAACUAGAGGCUCUAUGGUAGUGAGACUGAAGAGGACCACUGGUAAAGCAACAGAGGGGAUUUACAGAUGUUCAGUACAGGAUGCUGCAUCCACAUUUCAGACUAUCUAUGUUGGACUGUACAACACUGGAGGAGGACAUCUAACAUUGUCUGGUGGUAUGAAUUUCACUCUCCAUCAUGACAACUCAUUCACCCUCACCUGUAUCUCCACUGGUGGACCUGCUACCACCGUCACUUGGACCAGAGACUUCACCACUGUCACCCAAGGAACUGAGACUGUGUUGAAUGACCCAGUGACUGCACAGUACACCCACACUCUGACAGACAGAACAGCAGGACUCUACACAUGUUUAAUAGCUAACAGUGUUUCAAAUGUUUCAGCAAAGUUACCUGUGCAAGGUAACACUGAGUAAGCUCUAUAGAAUAGCAAAAUUUAACAAUACUACUAGGUCCUUCUCCUCCAUCUAAUGUGAGAGUAUCUCAGAAUGGGCUGAACAGUAUACUAGUGACCUGGACACCAUCAGCAGGACCCAAUGUUACUGGCUACACCAUCUACUACUACCAAAUAAAUGGAGGACUUAGCGGAUCAGUGACAGCUGCUGAGACAGAUACUAGCGUCGUCAUCACUGGACUAAUUGCAGGAGCAAACUUUCUAUCAGUGUAUCAGCUGACUCCAGUACACUAUCCAGUUCUAGAUCCCGAGGACCUGAUAUUACUAUUCAGUAUGAGAAAGUUGCAUAUCCAGUGGAAAACUUUGAGGUGAUUUCAGUAUCGGAGACCUCUCUCACAUUCUCCUGGAGCCAGCCCAGCACUGCGGCCCACCUCACCACUGGCUACAACCUGACAUGUGUCCCUCUCCUGACUGGGAUCCCCCCCAGCCUCUUCCCCUGUUGGCACCAACCCUCACCUCAGCCACACUGUUUGGACUCUCCUCUGGAGUUCCAUACAACUGCAGCAUCUCCACCAUAUCUGACAGAGGGUCCUCUCUCCCUGCCAACCUCUGUAUCACUACCAAUGAGUCUAGUAUUUAACUAAUAUAUAUACACACACACUGAACACACAAACACCAUUGUUGGAAGGAGAGGAUUGUGGCAGUGAGCCCUUUUUGGGCAUUCUCUUUCUUGUGUACUUGUAGCUCUAUGUGCACAAAACAGUUUAUUCACGUGACUUCCAUUUCUCAGCAUUGUACGUACUAUGUAAACCCCAUUACUUUCACGAUGACAGUAUAAAACUCCCUCAGCUCCAUCAGGAUCUCCAGAGAUGUUACACGCAGUGCCUGGAGAGAGAGAAGUGGAGUUCUCCUGGUCUCCUCCACCUGUCACCCAGCGUAAUGGAGUCAUCACCAGCUACACUAUCUCCUGCUCCCCCUCCCCCUCCUCCCUCCCUCACUCCCCCUCCUCCCAGUCUCGACCUCACACAGUGGCCGGUUUCUCUCCCAACACCCAC